GCGCCUUGCGUAGCCGCUCGACGAGCACUGGCUUGUUGCCCUUGGUGUCGAGACCGCGCUCGGCCAGCGCGGCUCGUAACUCUACCACUUUCAAUUUAGACGGAUCCAUUGUGCGCGCGCGAUGUGCCCGGUUAGCCAGUGAAGAGACAUGAAUGCUAUUAAUAUGAACUGGUUAACUUCAGCGGAAGGAGAAUCUUUGGUCCAUCAUUUCUACGUAAAUUCUUCCAAAAAGAGAAGAUUCUAUGGUAUUCUGGAGAGACCAUCGUUACCCAGUUCCAUCGAGGAGGUCACUUAUAAGAUCUUUAUGAUAGGUAGAUCCGGUGUGGGAAAAACUUCAGUAGUGAGUAAACUUGCAGGCACUCUGGAAUCCAACAAUUAUACAGAAACUAAUGGUAUAAGGAAAACAAACGUUUUUUGGCCUGUAAAAAUUUGGGAUAAAGUUGUUCUCUUCAAGCUGCAAUUCUGGGACACAUCAGAAAGCAGUAUAAAAAAAUACAAUCAUAUUUUACCAGCGUGCAAAGAUAAAGUUGACGCAAUGUGCUCUGUGUUUUCCUUUGAUGAUGCAUCAAGCUUUAAUGAUGUUCCAUACUUAAUGAAUACAAUGACUGCGAUAAAAGAGAAACCGGCAAAUAUAGUGAUUGGCACAAAGUUCAAACCUUGGUCAAGUUGUGUGAUAGAUGAUGCACAAAUCAAGGAAUUUGAAGACAAAUGGAAAGUCAAGAUCAUUAAAAUUGAUGCCAGUAAAUUGUCGGUAAAAUCUGAAAUAUUUGAUUGUUCUUAUCAAUUGAAUGCUAUCUGUAACAUUUUAUGGAAUAGAGAUAAAGAGUUUAUAUCUAAACUAAUGGGACAAACUUAAUAAUGCUAUCGGUAACAUUUUAUGGAAUAGAGAUAGAAUUUAUAUCUAAACUAAUGGGAUUAAUAACUGCAGACAGAUGCAUUUUUUUAUGUUUUAUAUAAAAUAAAAAUACAAAAAGAUAGUUAUAC